AUGCCAAUUUUCGCUUUACCUAAUGCAAAACUUCAUAUGCCAAGAAAAUUUCAUCCUGGUCAGAUUAGAAUCGCUCAAAAAUUCUUAUGUCCUGGUUGGAAUGAUAUUAAUGCAACAAAUAUUCAACAAACUGAUAUAAGCUCAAAAUAUUUGGUUCCAAGUCAAAAAAAAGGAACUGAAUUAUUCUAUAUUGUUAAUACAGAAUUCAGUACGUGUACAUGCAUUAUUGGAUUAACAGGAGCACCAUGUAAAUAUCAAGGGGCAGUAGCUACAAAGUAUCAUGUAGGGUCUUUAAAUUUUUUUCCAUCCUUAUUACCUGAUGAUCGAGCUUGUUUCGCAUAUAUUGCAUGUGAAAUUACAGCGGAUAAUUCUUUUUAUGCAUCGUUAAAUCCUUACAAAGCUCACAUAAAUGAUAAUCGACAUGAAGAAUCAAAUGCAAAUCAAAUUGCACUAGAUAUCAAUACGAAUCAAUCAGUAACAAAUACAAAUGAGAAUCAGGUUAUGAAUAUAGUAGCUGAUGUGAAUAUAGGAUUCAAUGAAAAUAUAGUAGCCGAUGAGAAUAUAGUAGCCGAUGAGAAUACAGUAGCCUAUGAGAAUACAGUAGCCGAUAAGAAUAUAGUAGCUGAUGAAAAUAUAGUAGCCGAUGUAAAUAUAGCAGCUGAUAUGUAG